AUGCCAGCACCUCGGAAACCUGCCCUCCCCCAGCCGGGGAAGGAUAACAUUCUCAUUACCAGUGCUUUGCCCUACGUGAACAACGUUCCUCACCUGGGCAACAUAAUUGGCAGUGUUCUGUCUGCUGAUGUGUUUGCCCGUUUCUGCCGGGCACGCAACCUGCCAACUAUCUUCAUCUGUGGCUCUGAUGAGUAUGGCACGGCGACUGAGACAAAAGCGCUUUCGGAGGGAGUGGACCCUGCCACAUUGUGCGCCAAGUAUCACGCGAUCCACAAGGAGAUUUACGACUGGUUCCGGAUUGACUUUGAUAUUUUUGGCCGCACUCCUACCCCUGAGCACACCGAGAUCGUCCAGAGUAUCUUUGCCGGUCUGUGGAAGAACGGUUACAUCGAGGAGCGUGAGACUACCCAGGCCUAUUGCCCUACCCAUGACUCCUUCUUGGCCGACCGCUAUGUUGAGGGCGAGUGCAGCAUCUGCCAUGACAAGGGUGCUCGUGGUGACCAGUGCGACGCCUGUGGCAACCUCCUUGACCCCCUAGAGCCUGACUCUAAUGGAUCCGAUGGCCAUGAGGUCAGGGCCACGGGGUGGCUGAUCAACCCCCGUUGCAAGCUUGACGGCACCACUCCUGAGAGGCGCAAGACCAAGCACCUUUACCUCCGUUUGGAUGCUCUGCAGGAGGAGCUUCGGCCGUGGCUCGCCUCAGUCGAGAAAAACUGGAGCGCAAACUGCGUCGCCAUCACCCACUCCUGGCUCGAAAAGGGCUUGAAGCCCCGUGGCAUUACCCGUGAUCUCAAAUGGGGUGUUCCAAUUCCCACUGGUCUGCCAGGCCUGAAUGAUGAAGACUAUGCCAAGAAGGUGUUCUACGUCUGGUUCGAUGCCUGCGUUGGUUACCCUUCCAUCACCAAGACCUUUACCGAUGCCGGCAAUCCCGAGGGUAAGAACUGGGAGAAGUGGUGGAAGAACCCUGAUGAGGUUUCUCUCUACCAGUUCAUGGGCAAGGACAAUGUGCCCAUCAUCUUCCCUGCCUCGCAGAUCGGCACCAGGGAAAACUGGACCAAGGUCAAGCACUUCUCCACAACCGAGUACCUGAACUAUGAGGGUGGCAAGUUUAGCAAAUCGAAGGGCGUUGGCGUGUUUGGCAACAAUGCCCGGGACACCGGUAUUGACGCCGACAUCUGGCGCUACUACCUCCUUUCAAGGCGCCCUGAAACUAGCGACGCCGAGUUCAAGUGGGAAGAGUUCGUUGAUGCGAACAACAACGAUCUGCUGAAGAACCUAGGCAACCUGUGCCAGCGUGUGGUCAAGUUCUGCCAGGCCAGGUUUGAAGGCGUCAUCCCCGAGUUUGAUAUUUCUGCAUUCCCUGCUCUUGAGCAACACAGGCAGGAGGUCAACAAGCUGCUUCAGGAGUACAUUACUCAGCUCAGGGGCCUGAAGCUGAGGGCAGGUUUGUCCACUGUCAUGAGCAUCUCUGCCCUUGGCAACAAGCUCCUGCAGGACAACAAACUGAGCAAUCAACUCCUUGCUGAGGAGCCUGCCCGUUGCGCCGCUGUUAUCGGAUUGGCCCUUAACCACCUCCAUCUUCUCGCUAAUGUUCUCACUCCUUACAUGCCUGCUAAGGCUCAGUCAAUCCUCAGGCAAGUCGGCCUCAAGCCUGCUGAGGGUGAAGAUCUAGUGCCGGUGUACAUCCCCGACACUUGGGAAGCGAAUACCCUGAAGGCAGGCCAUACCAUUGGCACCCCUGAGCUCCUUUUCUCCACAAUUCCUGCCGCCAAGAUUGAGGAGUGGCGUGAUGCCUUCGGCGGCGAGGAGCUGCGCAAGCAGAAGGCUCUCGAGGCCGAAAAGGCCGCUGCUAAGAAGGCUGCCAGGGAGAAGGAGAAGGAGAAGAAGCGUCUCAAGAAGGAGAAGGCCGCCCAAGAGAAGGCCGCUCAAGAGGGCGCUGCCAAAUCUGCCGAGGGCAAGCAGGAAGGGGCUCCUGCGCAGGCCACUGAGUUGCCGAUCCGCUCAGCUCCGAUAGAUGGGCAAGCCAAUUGA